AUGAGUCUUAGCUCAAAUCAUUUGCACGGAGUCGUAUCAAAUGCCAUUGAAAAUCUAACUUCUAUGAUUGUUGACUUCUUUACUAAGUCUCAUUCUAUUUCUCGUUUUCAGUUUCUAGUUGGCAAACUCUCGAUGCUUAUUGUUGCAGCAUCAAGACCCAAUAAAUAUGGUGCUCUUUCUAUCGACUUGUCCGAAAACCAAAUCUAUGGAAAAAUUCCUGAAUUUCCAAAUGAUGGUUCUUAUAACUUAAACUUGAGCUACAACAAGUUGACAAGUUCAUUACCUCAUAUCUCAGUUGACACUAUACUAGAUCUUUCAAAUAACUACUUGGCUGGUAGCAUUUGUAACUUCCUUUGUUAUCGAGAAACUCAUGCAAGAGAAAUUAUAGGUCUAUAUCUCGAAAAUAAUCUUUUAUCAGGAAAGAUUCCCAACUGUUGGAUGUAUUGGCCAAAGUUAUGGAUGAUAGACUUGGAUAACAAUAAUCUCACUGGGAAAAUUCCAAGCUCUAUUGGAUCUUUACAAGAGCUACAUUCAUUGCAUAUUAACAAUAAUAGCCUCAUUGGAGAAAUACCAGAGCCUCUUAAGAAUUGUUCAACUUUAAGUGUUCUUGACCUUAGUUUUAAUAAGUUGGUGCGAACUAUACCAAGAUGGAUCGAAAGUCUUCCAAUGUUGCGCUUUCUUGUGCUUCGUUCAAACAACUUGACAUAUCUUAUUCCAGUUGAGCUAUAUAAACUUUCUUCACUUCAAGUAUUGGAUGCUAGUAACAACAAUUUGACAAGGGUCGUACCGAAAUGUUUAAACAAUUUAACGGCUAUGACCUCUAAAUCAUAUCAAUUUCAGUCAUUGUAUUAUGUUAGCAUCCCCGUUGUUAAUCAACAGACUAGAGAGAAUGCAAAUCUUGUUGUUAAAGGAAGGAAAAACCAGUACAACACCAUCUUAUAUCUCUUAAAGAGCUUAGACCUUUCAAACAACAAAUUAUCAGGAGAAAUCCCAGAAGAACUUACAAGUCCAUUACAAUUGCUGAAUUUUUCGGGAAACUAUUUGAGUGGGAGAAUUCCAAAGAAGAUUGGCUAUAUGACAGAGUUGGAAUCUCUUGAUCUCUCAAGAAACCGAAUAUCUGGUCACAUUCCUUGA